GAACCUGAUGCCCAAAACCAUAGAUGGACAGAUCACAAUGGAGAAAACACCAAGUUAUUUUGUUACAAAUGAAGCUCCAAAAAGGAUUCACUCAAUGGCAAAAGACACUAAGUUAAUCGUGGUUGUCAGGGAUCCUGUAACUAGAGCCAUUUCAGACUAUACUCAGACUUUGUCCAAGAAACCUGAAAUCCCCAGCUUUGAAGUACUUGCCUUCAAGAACAGGACACUAGGGUUGAUUGAUGCUUCCUGGAGUGCUAUUCGCAUAGGAAUUUAUGCCCUUCACUUGGAAAACUGGCUACAAUAUUUUCCACUUUCACAGAUUCUUUUUGUCAGUGGUGAGAGAUUAAUCAGUGAUCCAGCUGGUGAAAUGUCCAAAGUCCAGGACUUCUUAGGCCUAAAAAAGUUUGUAACAGAUAAACACUUUUAUUUUAACAAAACAAAAGGAUUUCCUUGCUUAAAGAAACCAGAAGACAGUGGUGUACCAAGGUGCUUGGGAAAAUCCAAGGGCCGAACUCACCCUAAAAUAGAUCCAGAUGUGAUUCACAGACUUAGAAAAUUUUAUAAACCUUUCAAUGUCAUGUUUUACCAAAUGACAGGUGAAAAUUUUCAGUGGGAGCAAGAGGGAAUGCAAUGAGCAUUAGCAAAACUGAAAUAAAACUUUAAUUGGAAAACAAAACCAUAAUUCAAGAGAUUUAAGAUACGAGAAUGACAGACUGAGAAUAUUCUAAUCAUCUUGUCAGGUCUAAAAAAAGUAUAGACUUAAUUAUAAUGAAAACAGGGAAAAGAAGUCAUGUAUAACUAAAAAUGCUUUUAUUUUUUGCUGAAUUACAAACUCAUUCUGACACCAUCUGUUUGAAGCAUCAAAUCCAGGCUGAAGUCUUGCUGCAUGUAAGAAAUUUUACAAAGGCGCAGGGUACUUUAAAAAGAGAGACUUUAUAUGUAUCUCAGUAAAUAGUUCUUUAAGCAUUACACUGCACCUGUCUGCAGAUAACUUUUAUGUUUGUAUCUAGAUCCUUUAUUCUAUGUUAUUUACUUGUGUACCAUUUAUUUUCCAAAGUUACAGCAUCUUAAAACCAGCUCAUUCUGUUUUGCUAUUAAAUUUGAUGAAAUUCUUUAUAAGUUCA